GGUCCGGCCCAUCAUUUGCGGUCCGUAUAUAAAGUGAGGACGCAGAGGGCUAGUUCGGGUCGGGGCGUUUUCCUCGUCCGCGCGCCGCUCUGCCCCGCCUCCCAGAUUUGGCAUUCAACACUGAAGUCAUCAUGAACCUCUUCCAACUCCUGAGGAAAAAGAAGGAACUUAUUCCUUUGGUGCUGAUGAUGACCACAGCAGCGGGUGGAGCUUCGGCUUUUGCAGUAUAUUCCCUUCAAAAGACUGAUGUGAUCAUUGAUCGGAAAAAAAAUCCAGAACCUUGGGAAACUGUGGAUCCUAAUGUACCUAGCAAGCUUAUAACAAUCAACCAACAAUGGAAGCCCAUUGAAGAGUUGCAGAAGGUCCGAAGGGCCACCAAAUGACCAGCUCUUGCUUCUUUCUUCCAAAGAGUACUCUAUGAAUCUAGUGGAAACAUUUCUGCACAAACUAGAUUAUGGAUACCAGUGUGCGGAAAUGCUUCUGCUACAUUUUUAGGGCUUGACUACAUUUUUGGACUCUGGAUAGGAAUUAUAAAGGUAGUGCAGCAAUAACCACGUAGUUCAAAAAUAAGUUUGUGUUUAUUUUCUUGUUGUAAAUUUAAUGUUGCAUAUUGAAAUUUUUAUGUUUAUGAUGCCUGAAUAUUUUCCUAAAGUGUGUAAAGAUUUGUGAACUAGAUUGUCUAUAAUAAAAUACUAUUUGUGCAAGAUUUCUUAAA